AUGACACUGUACCACAGUAACUAGAAAUGGAAAACGAGAAAGAAAGGAAAAGAAACACACAGAUUCAUACACACACUGUCUGUCUCUCUCUCUCUCCCUCUCUCUUUCUCUCCAUUAAUGGAUUUCUCCAUCAAGACAACGAGUGGGUUCUGAUUAUUAAUUUGAAUUUUGAGCUACCAACACUCGAGGAGCUAUAGGGGCUUAAUUGAACCCACUUGCUUAGCUCAGAAGAUUGGAAAAGGAGAGUUUCAUGCAUCUAUGCCAUUAGGAAUUCGAGGUUCAACACCGAAAAGGGGUCUUGGUUGAAAUGUCGAAUUCUCUGUCUCCUGCAUCAAGAGAAGUGCUAAGGAGCUUAUCAACUUCUCUAGAAAAAAUGGAACCAAAUGAGACAAUAGGAACGGUUGAUCCAGAAAGUACAAUUGGCUCAGUUGCUCGAUUUAUUGAGCAACUACAAACCAACACUUCUUCACCACAGGAGAAAGAACUUAUCACCGUACGACUUCUAGGUAUUCUGAAAGCAAGGAAAGAGGCGCGUGCUCUUAUUGGUUCACAUGCCCAAGCAAUGCCGCUGUUUAUAGCUAUUCUCAGAAAUGGAACUUCUGGAGCAAAAGUGAAUGUUGCUUCAACAUUGAGUCUUCUGUGCAAACAUGAAGAUUUAAGGCUGAGGGUCCUAUUAGGUGGAUGCAUCCCGCCAUUGCUUUCAGUUUUAAAGUCAGAGUCCACUGAAGUGAGAAAGGCGGCGGCAGAAGCAAUAUUUGAUGUCUCAUCUGGUGGACUAUCUGAUGAUCACGUUGGAAUGAAAAUAUUUCUUACAGAAGGUGUAGUUCCGACUCUAUGGGAGCAGCUUAAUCCCCGACACAAGCAGGACAAAGUAGUACAAGGUUUUAUUACUGGUGCUCUGAGAAACUUGUGUCGAGACAAAGAUGGAUACUGGAGAACAACCCUUGAAACAGGAGGAGUAGAUAUUAUUACGGGCUUACUUUCUAAUGGAAAUCCUGCUGCCCAAUCAAAUGCAGCUUCUCUUUUGGCUCGACUUAUGUUAGCAUUCAGUGACAGCAUUCCCAAAGUAAUAGAUUCUGGAGCUGUCAAAGUCUUGCUUCAGCUGGUUGGUCGAGGGAAUGAUAUUUCUGUUCGUGCCAGUGCUGCUGAUGCUUUAGAGGCCCUGUGUUCUAAGUCUACCGAGGCUAAGCAAUCCAUUAUCAAUGCAGAUGGUGUAACUAUUCUCAUUGGUGCCUUAGUAGCUCCUUCUAAAGAGUGUAUGCAAGGAAAGGGUGGUCGUGAUCUUCAGGUGCAUGCAACACAAGCUUUAGCUAACAUAUACGGCGGUAUGCCUGCUUUAAUACUACAUCUUGGAGAACUUUCCCAAUCCUCACGCUUGACUGCUCCUGUGGCUGAUAUAAUAGGAGCACUUGCUUACUCUCUUAUGGUCUUUGAGGAGAAGCCUUCUAGCGAAGAAGAACCAUUUAAUGCAACACAAGUAGAAAAUAUCCUUGUAAUGCUACUAAAGCCUCGUGAUAAUAAGCUGGUUCAGGAUCGUGUACUUGAAGCAAUGGCUAGUCUUUAUGGAAAUCAAUAUCUCUCGGGAAAAAUUAAGCAGGCUGAUUCCAAAAAGGUUCUUAUUGGACUAAUAACUAUGGCUGCCUCUGACGUCCAAGAGCAACUCAUUUUUUCCUUAAUAAAUGUAUGUUCCGGUAGAAAGGGUAUCUGGGAGGCAAUUGGAAAGAGAGAAGGAAUCCAGUUACUCAUAUCAUUGCUUGGCUUAUCUAGUGAACAGCAUCAAGAGCAUACAGUUGAACUAUUGGCAAUCUUGACUGAUGAAGUUGAUGAUAGUAAAUGGGCUAUCACAGCUGCAGGGGGAAUCCCACCACUUGUACAGUUAUUGGAGAUGGGUUCCCAGAAGGCAAGGGAGGAUGCAUCCCAUGUGCUUUGGAAUUUGUGCGCUUACAGUGAGGAUAUUCGGGCCUGCGUUGAGAGCGCUGAAGCUGUGCCAUCGUUUCUGUGGGUUCUUAAAAAUGGUGGACUAAAAGGACAGGAAGCUUCGGCCAAGGCAUUGACUAAACUUAUCCAAACUGCUGAUCCUCCUACGAUCAAUCAGCUUAUUGCUCUGCUCUUAGGAGACUCUCCAAGCUCAAAAGCCCAUAUAAUUACAGUGUUGGGCCAUGUCCUUACAAAAGCAUCUCAAAGUGAUCUUGUGCAGCAGGGAGCUAUAGCUAAUAAAGGGUUAAGGUCACUUUUCCAGGUCCUCCACUCAUCUAAUGAAGAGACCCAGGAAUAUGCAGCAUCUAUGCUUGCUGAUUUAUUUGAAAAUCGACAAGACAUCUGUGAUAAUCUUGCAACAGACGAAGUUGUGAAUCCCUGCAUUAAGCUUUUGACCAGCAAAACUCAAGUUAUUGCAACACAAUCAGCUAGAGUAUUAGGGGCUUUAUCCCAUGCUAAGUCAUCUAAAUAUAUAGCAGCAGGUGAUGUGAAGCCUCUGAUUAAACUGGCAAAGACAUCUUUCAUGGAUGCUGCAGAGACUGCUGUUGCAGCACUGGCCAACCUUCUUUCAGAUCCUGAAAUUGCUGCUGAAGCUCUAGAAGAAGAUAUAGUUUCUGCUUUGACAAGAGUACUAGGAGACGGGACUUCACAGGGUAAAAGAAAUGCUUCACGUGCAAUCCAUCAGCUACUCAGACAUUUCCCUUUAAGUGACGUACUCAAAAGUAGCUCACAAUGUCGAUUUGUGGUUCUCUCUGUAGUCGAUUCAUUAAAUGAGAUGGACAUAGAGGGGAUUCAUGCUGCUGAUGCUGCUGAUGCUUUAGAAGUUGUUGCACUACUUGCAAGGACAAAGCAAAGUUCAGAAUUCACUUAUCCACCAUGGUCUGCCCUUGCAGAAGUCCCUUCAAGCUUAGAACCUAUUGUCCGCUGUCUAUCUCAGGGGACUCCUCUAGUACAAGAUAUGUCAAUAGAAAUUCUGUCUAGGCUUUGUGGGGAUCAACCAGUUAUAUUGGGUGACCUGUUGAUUGCAAAUCCAAGAUCUGUUGUUGGACUAGCUAACAGAAUAAUCAACUCGGUUAGCUUAGAAGUGAAAGUCGGAGGGGCUGCUUUGCUCAUUUGUGCUACUAAAGAACACAAGAUACAGUCAAUGGAUGCCCUCAAUGUUUCGGGCUACCUGAAACCCUUGUUGUACACGUUAGUGGGAAUGAUGAAGCGAGAUUCCAGCUGCGGCUCUCUAGAAAUUGAAGUUAGUACUCCUAGGGGAUAUUCUGAGAGGACAGCUUUCCAGGAAGGAGACCCGUUUGACAUUCCUGAUCCGGGAACUGUCUUGGGAGUCACUGUUGCUUUGUGGUUGUUAUCAAUUAUUUCUUCUUUUCAUUCAAAAUAUAAGCAAACCGUCAUGGAAGCUGGAGGACUAGAGGCCCUUUCUGACAAACUUUUGAAUUAUACUUCCGAUCCACAGGCUGAAUUUGAGGAUAAUGAGGGUAUAUGGAUAAGUGCCCUUCUCUUAGCUGUAUUGUUUCAAAAUGCUAGUGUUGUUUCUUCACCUACAACAAUGCACAUCAUACCUUCACUUGCACUCUUGCUGAAAUCAGAUGAAGUGAUCGAUAGAUUUUUUGCUGCUCAGGCGAUGGCUAGUCUUGCAUGCACAGGGAACAAGGGAAUAAAUCUUGCAAUUGCAAAUUCAGGUGCAGUUGCUGGCUUAAUAAGCCAAGUUGGUCAGACAGAAUCAGAUAUGCCGAACCUUAUAGCUUUAUCAGAUGAAUUUUCUCUGUUAAGGAACCCAGAUCAGGUAGUCUUGGACUGCCUCUUCGAAAUUGAAGAUGUUAGAGUUGGCUCCGCUGCCCGCAAGAGUGUCCCUUUGUUUGUUGAUCUUCUUAGACCCAUACCAGAUAGACCAGGAGCCCCUCUAAUUGCUGUUCGAUUUUUGUCUCAGAUUGCAGAGGGUAGUGAUACGAACAAACUCAUGAUGGCUGAAGCUGGAGCUCUUGAUGCUCUAAACAAAUACUUAUCUCUGAGCCCUCAAGAUUUGAUUGAGACUGCCAUUUCUGAAUUAUUAAGAAUACUGUUUAGCAAUCAUGAUUUACUUUGGUAUGAAGCAUCAAUGAGUUCCUUGAAUCAGCUCAUAGCUGUUCUUCGUUUGGGUUCUAGAAAUGCAAGAUUAAGUGCUGCUAGGGCUCUGCAUGAACUUUUCGAGGCCGACUAUAUAAGAGAUUCUGACAUAGCCAAGCAGUCUGUUCAGCCUUUAGUGGACAUGCUAGAGGCAGCAUCAGAAAGUGAGCAACAUAUUGCUCUAAUUGCUUUGGUUAAGCUAAAUUCAGGGGAACCUGCAAAAACAGCUCUAUUCACUGACGUGAACGGUAAUCCCCUCGAGUCUCUAAAUAACAUACUGUCUUCCGAAUCUUCCAUGGAACUGAAAACACAUGCUGCGCAGCUCUGUUUUGUACUGUUUAGUGAAUCAAAAUUCAGGUCAAUGCCAACCGCGUCAAAAUGCAUACAUCCCCUUAUAGCACUAAUGCAAUCAGAUGUUGAAUCUGCAGUAGAAUCAAGUACCCGUGCUUUAGAGAAACUGUUGGACGAUGAAAAACAAGUGGAGAUUGCAGCAGCUUAUGAUGUUGUAGGUCUUCUAGUUAGUCUAGUUUCUGGGUCAAAUAUUCAGCUCAUCGAGGCUAGUAUUUGUACUCUCAUUAAGUUGGGGAAAGAUCGGACCCCUCGAAAGAUGGAAAUGUUUAAAGCCGGAGUUAUAGAUCACUGUCUGGUAUUACUUCCUUCCGCACCUAGUGCAUUAUGCUGCUCGAUUACUGAACUCUUCCGUAUAUUGACAAAUAGUAGUGCCAUUGCAAAGAGCUCAACUGCUGUCAAGAUUGUCGAACCUCUCUUUCUGGUAUUGCAUCGACCAGAUAUUAGUCUGUGGGCACAGCAUAGUGCUUUGCAAGCUCUUGUAAAUAUUUUUGAGAAACCCCAAAGCUUAGCUGCACUAAAGCUCACCCCUAGCGAAGUCAUCGAGCCUCUUAUUGUAUUUCUGGAGUCCCCUUCUCAAGCUAUCCAACAGCUUGGCACAGAAUUAUUAUCUCAUCUUCUUGCACAAGAACAUUUCAAGGAAGAUAUAACAACGAAACAUGCUGUUGUACCACUCGUUCAGCUAGCUGGAAUCGGAAUAUUGAACUUGCAGCAAACAGCGAUAAAAGCUCUGGAAAGCAUUUCCUUAAGUUGGCCGAAAGCGGUUGCUGAUGCCGGUGGUAUAUUUGAACUUGCUAAAGUUAUUAUUCAGGAUGAUCCUCAACCUCCCCUUGCAUUAUGGGAAUCAACUGCAGUUGUGCUUUCCAAUGUUCUAUGUUUCAAUUCCGACUAUUAUUUUAAAGUUCCUCUUGUUGUUCUAGUGAAGAUGCUCCAUUCAACGAAGAAGAGUACUAUAAUGGUGGCUCUAAAUGCGUUGAUUGUACAGGAAUCAACUGACUCAGCAGCUGCUGAACUAUUGGCUGAAGCGGGUGCAGUUGAUGCCUUAUUGGACCUUUUAAGAUCUCAUCAGUGUGAAGAAGCUGCUGGAAAACUACUUGAAUCCUUAUUUAACAAUGUGAGAGUAAGAGAGUUGAAAAUCUCCAAGUAUGCAAUAGCACCUCUAGCACAGUAUCUGUUAGAUCCACAAACAAUAUCACCACCGGGAAAGCUCCUUGCAGCUCUUGCUCUUGGCGACCUCUCCCAACAUGAAGGGCUUGCCAGAGCCAGUGAUUCUGUUUCUGCAUGCCGGGCACUUAUAAGCUUGCUUGAAGAUCAACCGACUGAAGAAAUGAAAAUGGUGGCUAUUUGUGCUUUGCAGAACUUUGUGAUGAAUAGUAGAGCAAACAGGCGGUCUGUGGCUGAGGCCGGAGGGAUAUUAGUAUUGCAGGAACUGCUGCUUUCUCCUAAUUCUGAGAUUGCUGGGCAAGUUGCUUUGCUGGUAAAAUUUUUGUUCACUACUCACACCCUCCAGGAAUAUAUAUCCAAUGAACUCAUCAGAUCUUUGACAGGGGCCUUAGAGAAAGAAAUGUGGUCUACAGCGACAGUCAAUGAAGAAGUAUUGAGAACCAUACAUGUUAUAUUCAACAACUUUCCAAGGCUACAUGCAUCAGAGGCAGCUACUCUGUGCAUUCCUCAUCUGGUAGCAGCUCUUAAAUCUGGAAGUGAACCAGCUCAGGAUUCUGUAUUGAACACAUUAUGUUUGUUACAACAGUCUUGGUCUACCAUGUCCAUUGAUGUUUCAAAGUCGCAAAGCAUGAUCGCAGCUGAAGCCAUUCCGAUCCUGCAAAUGCUGAUGAAAACAUGUCCUCCAAGUUUCCAUGAGAGAGCAGACAGCCUGUUGCACUGUUUACCAGGUUGUUUGACUGUCACUAUAAAACGUGCGAAAAACCUCAAACAUGUCAUGGGCGGUACAAAUGCUUUCUGUCGACUUACUAUUGGCACUGGUCCUCCAAGACAAACCAAGGUAGUGAGCAGCACCACCUCUCCCGAGUGGAAGGAAGGGUUUACAUGGGCAUUUGAUGUACCACCCAAAGGACAAAAACUUCAUAUAGAAUGCAAAAGCAGAAGUACUUUUGGAAGGACUACACUUGGUAGAGUGACGAUUCAAAUCGACAAAGUUGUGAGUGAAGGAGUAUACAGUGGACUUUUCAGCCUUAGCCACGAAAGCAACAAAGAUAGUUCCCGAACACUCGAGAUUGAGAUCACUUGGUCAAACAUGUUGUCAGAUGAUGAAAGUGUGUGAUUUUUUUAUAAGAUGCUUCCAACAAGUUUAAUCGAUGGGGUCUAUCGGUUAUCACUCAUUCAAUGAAUCUCUAUUAACCGAAGAACUUAUUCUAUCUCAACCUGGGCGGUUACAAGCGAUGAAGAUGUUUUAUAUAUACAAUGCCUUUCGAGUCUAUAAAUUGUGUAAGGUUUUCAAAUAAUUUAGCAAGUGAGAAGAAGCAAAAGUAGUAAAUGGGAUGUACAGAUGAGUCUUUUUAUUAGCUGCUAGUUAUAAAAGAAGAAGCAGCAGUAGUAGCACUAUAUAAUCAAAGGAUAAUGAGAUGGAUAUUUUUCUUCUUUUUUUUUAAAAUUAAUUUAGUAAAGUGCUCUGCCUAUUUUAAUCAAAGGCAUGUUGAGCACUUUA